GCCAGAAUUGGGUAGGUCACGUAGAGGUGUCCUUCUCCUCCCUGUUCAGACACUCUCUCCUCCCUCUCCAGACCUGGGAAGCCUUCCAUCUGGGGGCAUCUGGACACUUGUCCCGCUCCUCCCAGGACAGGAAGCUAAGCUUCUUUGUAAUCUGUAUUAAGUCCACACCCAGGGAUUCAGUGAUUGCAAAGACUGGCCUUCUGUUACCUGCUGGAGACCAGACUAGAGACCCAAGCUUCUGGUGAAAAGUGAAGCCACCAUGGCUCAGAAGACCCUCGUGCUGUUCCCACUGCUUGUGCUGGUGCUGGGGUGUGUCCAGGGCAAGGAAUCGCUGGUCAUGAAGUUCCAGCGGCAGCACAUGGACUCGUGCAGCGCCCCCAGCGGCAACUCAAGCUACUGCAACCAAAUGAUGAGACGCCGGAAUAUGACUCAAGGAUGGUGCAAGCCGGUGAACACCUUUGUGCACGAGCACCUGGAAGAUGUCGAGGCCGUCUGUCUCCAGGGAAAUGUCACCUGCAAAAAUGGGCAGCCUAACUGCCACCAGAGCAGCUCCAGCAUGCGAAUCACGGACUGCCGCCUAACGGGCGGCUCCAAGUAUCCCAACUGCGCGUACCGGGCCAGCCCGAAAGAGCGAUACAUCAUCGUGGCCUGUGAGGGGAAGCCGUACCUGCCAGUCCACUUCGACGCUUCUGUGGAGCUCUCCACUUGAGGUCUCCAGUAGAUGCCCCACCUUGUCAUUGUGACACCUGCCUCUCCCCUCCUCCUUCCUUGCCCUGAGGGAAAUAACUCAAGUUAGGGCUCCUAUCCAAUACUUACAUGCUUCCCUGGCCCCAGCCAUUUUGGUGGUGGGGAGGAGCGGGUUGUGAGGUGGGCUCCAUGUUAACCAUUUUAUGCUUCUUUCAAUAAAACACAGUUGCAACCA